UGCUCGACAGGUUUGCUGUAAGCGUUGGCUACUGGAAGGACCCUUACAUCCAGUAUUUUGUGAGACAAGCCAAAGAGAGAAAAGCACCUGAAAUCAAUAGAGGCUAUUAUGCUCGUGUUCAUGGAGUCAGUUAUCUGAUUAAAGCUUUCCUGAAGAAGACAGAAUGCAACUGUCAAAUUGUUAAUCUUGGUGCUGGCAUGGAUACCCUGUUCUGGAGAUUAAAGGAUGAAAAUCUUCUCCCUAGAAAAUAUUUUGAAGUGGAUUUUCCAAUGAUAGUUGCAAGAAAAAUACACCACAUCAAAUCAAAACCUCCCCUGUCAAAACCAAUUAUGGAAUCCCAUUCAGGGGACUCUCUUCUAAUAGAUUCUCACAGCCUAGACUCCAGUCGGUAUUCCAUAGUAGGAGCAGAUCUCCGGCUCUCAUCGGAUUUGGAGGAAAAGCUAAAGAAAUAUAACCUGGAUAUAUACUUGCCAACCCUUCUGGUAGCGGAGUGCGUACUGGUUUACAUGACACCACAGCAGUCUGCAAAUCUCUUAAAGUGGGCAGCCAGCACUUUUCCAGUGGCGAUGUUUAUAAAUUAUGAACAGGUGAAUAUGACGGACCGGUUUGGACAGAUCAUGAUUGAGAACUUGCAGAGACGACAGUGUAACCUGGCUGGAGUGGAAGUCUGCAGGUCCUUAGACUCUCAGAGGGAACGGUUGCUGUUAAAUGGCUGGGAAACUGCACAUGCCAUUGAUAUGAUGAAAGUGUACAGCUUUUUGCCACAGGCUGAUGUCAAAAGAAUAGAAGGACUUGAAUUCCUAGAUGAAAAGGAACUGUUUGAACAGCUAAUGCAGCACUACUGCAUCUCCUGGGCUUCGAAGGACAGCAGGGAUCUGG